GAAGGAAGUUUAAUUGAAUCGUUACUAACAUUAUUAUUAUUUAAUAUUUUAUUGGUCUAACUGUCUGACAUUCCUUUUCUUCUUCAUCCUCUCUUUUUUUCAUUCUUUUCACUCCUUUUAUUCAAUUCUUCAAUUUAUCCAUACUUUCAUUAUCUUCGACAUUAAAAAAAAAAACAAAAAAAAAAAUAAUAAUAAUAAUUCACUCAUUUCCUUUUAUACAUAAAGUAAUCAGACAUUGAAAAAUAUGAAAAUAUGUUUAUUAAUGAUAAUUUUAUUAAUAAUAACCUUAAAUGUUCUCGGUACAUUAUCACAAUGUUUUGAUUACCCAAAUCCUUUAAAAAAAUCAUACAAGAUACCAGUAGAAUGCCCAUUACAACAAAAUUCCGUUAAAUUUGAUUCAUUAUCACAAUUAACACAACCAAAUAAUGAAAAUAUGAUUGUAUUAACAUUCAAUUGUGGAAUAAAAAACGAUAUUCUUUGUAAUAAAGCGAAAAAUGCAUUUGAAACAGCUGGUAAAAUAUUAUCAUCUGUUUUAUUAAUUAAUACACCAAUACAAUUAAAUGCAAGUUUCUUAGAUUUUUGUACUUCGUUAGGAGAAUGUCCAAAGGGAGAUGGACUUAUAAUAUUAGGAGGAGCGACACCAGCUAGAACGAUUCCAUUACAAGAUGAUGAUGGAUUAGUUAGAUUAUAUCCACAAGCAUUAGUAAAACAAUUUCAAUUUAAACAACAUCCUUCAUAUGGACCUUUCGAUAUAAUGGCAUUGUUUAAUGCUGGAGGAACAAGUUUUUGGUUUGAAGGAGAUCCUCCAAUAACACGUAAUCAACAGGAUUUUUUAUAUGUAGUUUUACAUGAGAUUGUACAUGGAUUAGGAUUUGCGUCAGGAUGGGAAGAUUAUAUGAAUGAUCAACCUAAAGCAUUAACACCAGAAAUUUUAAUAACUGGUAAAGAUCCAUCAGAACAAUUUAAAUUUAAUGGAUUUUUAGAAUCAGCAUUUGAUAGAUAUUUAAUUCAUAUACCAACAGGAAAAAAAAUAUCAGCAUUAACAGGAGAUAUAAAUAAAUUUCAAAAAGAAGUUGGUAUAAUUUUUGAAAAUGAUAUAGAUUUUGUAACAAAAUUUCGUAAUUCACCUCAAUAUAAAAUAGCAGAAAAAAUGAUGAGUUAUUCUAUUACACCGAAUGUAUUGGGAUUUUUACCUAGAGGGACUACAAAAGCCAUUGAAUCAGUUGUUUUGGAGACUAGAUUACAACCUUAUCAAACAGGUUCGAGCAUAAGUCAUGUGGAUUUUAAAAAAUAUAAUAAUACGAGUGAUUUCCUUAUGAAAUUUUUAGCGGAUCAUGGAGCUAAUUUAGAUAGUUUGAUUACUUCACAUAAUGGAAAUAAUAAUGCAGGUUAUAAUGCUAUUAUAGGACCUAAUCUAAAACUAGUAUUGGAAACAUUGGGAUAUUCCACACCAGAAUAUACUAACCCAUAUAAGCCAAGUGUCACGAUAAUUGGAAAUGGAAAUGAUUUUAAUCCAACUAUGAGUAUACCAAUAGAACCGGGUGACUCAAGUACAAAUAAUGGUAAAGGAAGUAACGAAAAAUCUGGUGGUAUUAAAACUUAUAAAACAAAUUUCAAAGUAAUAUUUAUUAUUAAUUUAUUGAGUUUAAUAAAAAUUCAUUUAUUAUAAGUACAGCAAAAAUAAUUUCAUAUUUUGGUUGUAAAUAAUAACCGAAUCAUGUAAAAAGUCUAUAUACCACGUAACAAUCGACCAAAUCCUUAUUUAGAAAUAACAAUUUAGUUUUGC